AUGGCAUUUUCACGAUUUUAUCCAGUUUCAGGUCUUAUUUAUGAUCCCGAUAUAGCACCAACAAAGGCUAUUCAAAAUGUUCAUGCACAUGAUAGUGCUCAAUGGCAACAACCAUCUAAGCAAAGAUUUGAUACAACAUAUCGUACUGAAUAUAUCAAUCGUAUUCGACAUCCAGAUCAAAUUGCAAGACCUAUUCGAAAUACAAACAGUUCACUUAAUCAGUAUUCUGUCUUACCACCAAUUCCUUCAACAACUAUUACUACGGCUAAUAAUAAUAAUAAUAAUAAUUCUAAUAAUGUGGCAUCUGCUCGUAGUACUAGAACAGAUGUUUCACAUCAACAAACAAUUAAAGAUCAAGAAGUACCAACUAAUCAAAGCAUGCCUAAAGACAUACAACCAUUAGAUUUUCAUAAUGUUAUGCAAAAUUCUUAUGAUUAUCAGCAACAGCAACAACCAAUGAUGAAUAAUAUAGAUACAUAUUUACCUGAAGAACCUGUUUUAUUAACUGAUUAUGAAGAACAACGUUUAUCUGAACAACUUUGUAAUCAAUUAGGAUCUUCAACAGCUGUUGAUAGAUUAAAAUUAUUUUAUCAAGAAUUAACAGCAUAUGAUCCAAAUUUAACAAGUUAUGUGCAUUAUUCAGUAAUUCAAUCAAUGGCUUAUCAACUUGGAUUGAAUUUACAAGAAGAUACACUUCGUUUUGCUAUGUGUAAAUUUGUUUCACCGGAUCGACCACGUGGUUAUGUUCAUCAGCAACAAAGUCUAAGCCAGAAAAAUAACUAUUAUGAUAAUGAUUCUUAUAGUCGACAUUCAAGUUUACCAAGACAAUAUCAAACACAAAUGAGAUUCGGUGGUAGUGUCGUUAAUGAUAAUGAUAAUGAAAGUUUCGAUCCUGAUGAACGGCAAGUUCGAGUUUUAUUAAAACAAAAUUUAAAAUAUUUUGAUAUUAAUGGUUCAAUUGAUUUUGAUAAAUUAUAUCGUGAAUUUAAAAUUGCCGAUCGAAAUCAAACUGGUGUUUUAAAUCGACAACAAAUAGAAGAAGUUAUUUAUAAAGUUCGUAUACCAUUACAACGUUCAUUAAUAUUUCAAAUACUUGAAAAACAUUGUCGAGCUUAUUUAAGAUUAUACAAGUGGGAAGCUUUUUUUCAAUAUUUAAAAGAACAAAUCCUUGACAUAAAAGAAGUUCAAGAUCGAUCAAGUCCAAUGUAUACACAACGUACUCCAAAUCGUAGUCAAUGGCUUGAUUUAAUUCGAAGAGAAUAUAGUGAAAAUGAUCGUUUACGAAUUAUUGAACAAUAUAGUACACAUAAUGAAGGACCACGAUUAGAAAGUAAUAACCCAUCUGCAUGGUUUGCACGAUUUUUACGCCUUGCCAAUGCUAUGUACAGUCAUCGUGCUAGCACAAAUAGAGAACAUGAUUUUUUAUUACCUCGAGAAGAAGCUCGUCGACUCUUUCGUGCUUAUAAUCAAGUAUGGGAUUUAAAAAUUGAAGAAGAUAAAUUACAACGAGUACUUGAUGCAUGUGCUCGUAGUGGAAAUACUUCUAUUGAUGAUGCGCUUAAGUUACUUGCCAAAUGA